UUUUUUUUUUUUUUUCUUUAUUUGAUUGGCAAUUUAUAAUUUUAUCAUAUUUGGCAAUUUCAUUCUUUUUCACUGAAGAAAUAUGGAAAUCCUAGAAUUGAUCGAUAAUGGAUCUCCAGUUGGCGAAUUUAAAGCACAUCCCUGUACUCUACCUGGCUGCUUAAAAUCAUUUGGAAGACGCUCCGACUUGGCUAGGCAUGUCAGAAUACACACCAAUGAAAGACCAUAUGUGUGUCACGAGCUCAAAUGUGGAAAAAGCUUUAUACAGCGUUCAGCAUUAAAAGUCCAUCUAAGAACUCAUUCAGGCGAACGUCCACACGAAUGUGAAUACCAAGAUUGUAGAAAAUCCUUCAGCGACAGCAGUUCAUUAGCACGUCACAGAAGAAUUCACACUGGAAAACGACCCUACAAAUGUACCUUUGAUGGCUGCAACAAGUAUUUUGCAAGGAAGAUAAUCAUGACAAAGCAUCAGAAACAAGCUCAUACGAAAAGCACAAAGAGAACGUGUUUACAGUGGAGACCUCUCAACGAAAUGCUAAUUUCUGGAAAGACGAAGCCUAAAAAAAACCUAUCCUGGAGACCUCUGGAUGAUGUAUUAAAUGACGGCAAAAUACUUCAGCAACAGUUGGACGCAGCUUCCAUCCUACCAGCCUCUCCAGCUUCUCCAGCUUCUCCAACACCUUCUGAACACUCUGAACAUAGUGCUGCCACUUUGGAUGAAGACUUGAUUUACAGCCCCAUCAUUUUACCUUCCUUUAAUAUGAACAACUGGUAUCCAACUCCUUUCCAAAGUAACACCAACCAUUACUAUAACAACCAAUUACCUAUUCAAACCACACUCCAUAAUCCUCAAUGGCUUCCUUCAUUAUGUAAGGAUUACCCACCUGUUGAUCAUUCCAAUACGCCCAUCUUUUUGAACUACCAAGCCUACGAUUUGCUUUAAAUUCCUCAUUUUAUGAUUUUACCCCUCCCCUCUCCUUUCCAUAUAUGUCCCAUGCGUUUUAUGCUUAAUUUUUAUGAAUAAAAAAGAUUUAAUUAUGUUAUAUGCAC